AUGGAGUAUUCGAUGACCACGACGACGACGACGACGACGACGCUUCCUUUUUUUAAUCCUAAUCUCAGUUAUGAAAGUUUAAGAAAAUUCAUACAGAGCAUGAAUUUAACAGAAGAAGAUCUUUAUAGAUUUUUUAAAAUGCAUUUUCCAAACGAUACAAUUCGAGGUUUGAUACUUGCACCGAGAGAAAUUUGUUUAUACGAUCCAGAUAAAUAUUGUGAUGGAACUUUAAAAGCUUUUGCCAACGGUUACAAAGAUGUUCACGGGUACCUGAGUCUCAUGGUUUGCCUUUUUGGAACGAUAGCAAAUCUCAUUAACGUUGCAGUUCUAACAAGAAGAGAAAUGGCUACAAAUCCCAUUAAUAGAAUUUUAACCGGAUUAGCUGUUGCAGAUGUAUUGGUUAUGCUCGAAUACAUUCCAUUUUCCGUUUACAUGUAUUUAAUUUUUCCGGGACAAAGAAAUUUUCCAUAUUCUUGGGCAGUUUUUAUUUUAUUUCACGUACAUUUUUCUCAAAUAAUUCAUACGAUUUCAAUAUGUUUAACUCUUGCAUUGGCGGUAUGGCGGUAUAUAGCCAUUCGGUACCCGCAUAAAAGCAUAACUUGGUGCACGGGUCCAAGAUGUCGCGUGGCUAUCGGUACGAGUUUUGUAUUACCUUUAAUUCUCUGCAUACCGUCCUAUUUUGUUUUCUACAUAAAAACAACGAGAAUAACUGAAAAUUCAGCUGAAAUUUAUUUGUAUCAUUUAGAUUUAAGUGAUGUUGCCAAAGAAAACGAUCAAUUGUUGUGCAACGUCACGUUUUGGACUUACGGAGUUUUAAUCAAAUUGUUACCCUGUGUUAUUUUGACGGUGAUAAGUAUUCGAUUAAUUAAAGCUCUCUACGAAAUUAACAAACGUAACAAAUUAUUAAAAACAGCAAAUUCUACUCAUCAUAAUGAAAAUUCCGUUGAGAGACGAGUCAUUUUGGCGAAAGAAAGAACAGACAGAACAACCAGAAUGUUGGUCGCCAUUUUAAUACUUUUCCUUCUUACUGAAUUACCACAAGGUAUUUUAGGAUUGUUGAGUGGAAUAUUGGGCACUUGUUUUUUCCGUAACUGUUAUAAUUUAUUUGGAGAAAUAAUGGAUAUAUUAGCACUCGUAAACAGCGCUAUAAAUUUUAUACUUUAUUGUUUCAUGAGUCGUCAAUUUCGUCAAACGUUUGAAAAAGUUUUUAAAAUAAAUUUAUUUACCGAAAACGUACCUCGUAUCGGUCCCCCAACGGAUAUGCAAAGUUCGUACGUUUGA